AGCUUGAAAUCGAAGCUGAUACGUGCACGUGUGGAUGAAGUUACCAAUGCGACUGAACUGAGUACGCGCUUCAUCGAUCCCUUUCUCACUGGCUUGUUCGAUGGUCCUGAUCAAGGGAUUUUUUUUUGUUUACUAUGCGCAACUCUGGAAGCGAAGCCCUGCGCAGACUUCACGUCAAGCCGACCAGACCUUUGUAUCACCAAGUGCUGUGGAGUGAAGUGGAAGACCAGUCUGGCAUACGGCGAGGCCAAAUUUGCCGUCCAAGAAAAGCACCACUUUGGAUUAUGCAAGGACCUUGUCAAAGUGGCUGUCUUCUGCAAAGACGCCUUAGACAAAGAAUUAAUGCAGGGGGUUCUGGGAAUCCAGAUCAUCGGCAGAACUGUCCAGUUGUAUCUUCUUACACUGCCGGCCAAAGGCCUAUAUGUCAUGACGCAACUAGCAACAGUCAAGAUCCCCGACUCACUGCAAACCUUAGCAAUCCUGGUAAUUGAACUACCAGAGGUACUAAAAAUACUUGAUGUCUUU